CGUAAUACAAGUCUAUCCUGAAAAAGAAAACAUAACCUCGAUCAUUUGCUAUUGAAAUUUUCAAUAAACAGUGACUCAAGUUGUAGAUUACUGCUCUGAAAAGGAUCAUAAUGCGAAUCAGCGGGAUUUUGUGUGCCUACAAAUUUGUCAAAGGCAUACCAGGUAAUAUCUGGAUAGGUAAACAUCGUUUUGUCCCUCCUGUUACAAAGAAAGAUCGUUUGGAGAUGUGGAAAAGAAUGAUGUAUGAAGAAGAAGUUAUGAUGUAUCUGAACAAUCCGUAUGUCAAUGAAGAAGAUGAAAAAUUGUAUUUGGAAAAACACAGUACUCCCCAGGAAAAAGUGUUCUUCAAAGUAAAACCACCUUUGAAACCAUUGAAAGACAGGACAAUAGCAGAUCACUUAGGACACCUUAAUUCAAAUCGUACUUGGGGUGAUCACUCACAUCAGUAAAAAAUUAUCUUUUAUUAUGUUCUAGUGAAUACAUUAUUAUUCAUUAUUUCUGAUCAAUGUAGUUAUUGCAUUAAAGAGCUUCGUUCAUUAAAAUGCUUAAAAUGUGAGAGUAUGUGUCUGUAAUUGAAAUCAAUGCUCUACAAUUUUAAAGAUUAUGUAUUUUUCUGUUUCAUUGAAACAUAUUAAUGAAGCUCUUUAUGUAUCACAUUAAACAAUAUUUCGAAUAAAU